GUCACUCGCUCGCUCGCGGUCUCCCUCUCUCCCGUCACGUCACACGCGUCGCGUCGCUUCGCUGCCCCUCCCUCGUGUCUUCGAGCUCCCUCUCCUUUCCAGCUCCAACCAACUACCCUCCCUCCCCCGCCUCCCUCUCCCUUCCCUUCCGCCGCUCCGCCUCCGCCCACUGAAAUCCCGAGCCGGCGAGAGCGGCCGAACAGCCAGCCGGCCGGCCGGCCAGCAAGCCGCGACGGGACAGCUCGGGAGGGGGAGGAGGGGGGAGUUGGGGGGACGGCCGAUGGCGUCGUCGCGGGUGAUGGCGGCCGCCGCGUCGUCGUCGUCGCCGCCGCCUCCGGCGGCCGCGGCCCCUGCCGCUGCCGGCGGCACCCAUCUCGCGCGGUUCAGGAGCAGCAGCGGCAUCGGAUCCAUGAACAUGGACGACAUCCUCCGCAACAUAUACGGCGAGGGGACGCCGCCGCCGGGCGCCGGCGCCGAUGUCCCGGCGGCGGAUGCGGCGGCGGUCCCCGUGGGGCAGGUGGCCACGCGGCGGACAGCGGAGGAGGUGUGGAAGGAGAUCUCUUCCUCGGGAGGGCUGUCUGCUCCCGCUCCCGCUCCCGCUCCCCCGGCCGGUGCUGCGGGCCGGGGUGGCGGGCCUGAGAUGACGCUGGAGGAUUUCCUGGCCAGGGAGGACGACCCUAGGGCAACGGCCGUGGAGGGCAAUAUAGUUGUGGGGUUCCCUGAUGGAGCGGAGGGUGCGGGGACGGUAGGAGGAGGAGGAAGAGGCAGCGGCGCCGGGAGGGGGAGGAAGCGGGCGCUGAUGGAUCCAGCUGACCGCGCGGCGAUGCAACGGCAGAAGCGUAUGAUCAAGAACCGCGAGUCGGCGGCGAGGUCCAGGGAGAGGAAACAGGCUUACAUCGCAGAGCUGGAGGCGCAGGUCACAGAGCUUGAGGAGGAACAUGCACAAUUGUUGAGAGAACAGGAGGAGAAAAAUCAAAAGAGACUUAAGGAGAUGAAGGAACAAGCCGUUGCAGUUGUCAUAAGGAAAAGAACACCAAAAGAUCUUCGAAGAACCAACUCAAUGGAAUGGUAGAAGUAACCAACUUGUGUUGUUAUUGUUCUCUUACAGCUACAGCGAUUCUUCCGUUUUCUGUUUCCAGUAGAUGAUGUAUCAGGCGGCUUGGUAGAAUAGUCAAAGCUUUCAGGUGACAUGAAAUCUUAAAAAUGCCAUCAGAAGGUGUAGCUGUGCGUGAUCAAAAUGUCACGCCAUUCAGAAUUGGUCUGUGAUCUGCUAUUUAUUUAUCAUCAUGCUCACGCGGCUAACUGUGUGUACAAACAAGAAAUAAGUCGGUUUACAUGAAAGGUAGAUUAAUGUUACAGAUCUGA